GCUGGGGCCGUGUGAGGGACACGGCUCAGCGAUCGCUCCCUAUCCCCGGCAGGAUCCGGUCCCACAGGGCAAGGACGCAGCAGCAUGCCUCGGCCCCGCGGGAGCCGUCGCCCUCUUCUGUAAUGAACUUUCCAGCGAGGCUGUUGUCUAGCUGUAGGGUCAGGAUGCUGCCGCAGCCCUGGCGUCUCUGCUCCCGGGCUGCCGAGGACGUGGCGUGGCAGAGGAUCCGGAAGGUCCUGUGCGUAGCCGAGAAGAACGAUGCUGCCCGAGGGAUUGCGGAUCUGCUCUCCAACAGCAGAAUGCGACGGCGAGAAGGGUUUUCCAAGUUCAACAAGAUCUACGAAUAUGACUACCAGAUGUUUGGCCAGAAUGUUACUAUGGUGAUGACAUCCGUGUCAGGACACUUACUGGCGCAUGAUUUUAAGCUUCCGUUUCGCAAAUGGCAUAGCUGCAACCCUCUAGCUCUUUUUGACGCUGAAAUUGAGAAGUAUUGCCCUGAAAAUUACGUGGAUAUCAAGCGAACCCUUGAACGAGAAGUCCAGCAGUGCCAAGCUCUGGUGAUCUGGACUGACUGCGAUCGAGAAGGAGAGAACAUUGGCUUUGAGAUAAUUCACGUUUGCAAAGCUGUAAAGCCAAACCUCCGAGUUUUCCGAGCCCGUUUUUCAGAGAUUACACUUCAUGCUGUCAGAACGGCCUGCGAGAACCUCACCCAACCAGAUCAAAAAACGAGUGAUGCCGUUGACGUCAGGCAGGAGCUGGACCUCAGGAUAGGCGCUGCCUUCACCAGAUUCCAGACACUGAGGCUCCGGAAGAUCUUCCCUGACAUUUUAGCAGAUCAGCUGAUCAGCUACGGUAGCUGCCAGUUCCCAACGCUGGGGUUUGUAGUUGAACGCUUUAAAGCCAUCCAGGCGUUUGUUCCUGAAGCCUUCUAUAAAAUAAAAGUGACACAUGAUCAUGAAGAGGGCAGUGUGGUCUUCAACUGGAAGAGGAACCGGCUCUUUAAUCACACAGCGUGCCUGGUCCUUUACCAGAUGUGUAUGGAGGAUCCAGUAGCAACUGUUGUUGAGGUUGGGAGCAAGCCAAAGAGCAAAUGGAGGCCCCUGCCCCUGGACACUGUGGAACUUGAGAAGUUGGCUUCCCGCAAACUGAAAAUAAACGCAAAGGAAACCAUGAGAAUAGCAGAAAAACUCUAUACUCAAGGGUUCAUUAGCUACCCCCGAACUGAGACCAACAUUUUCCCCAAGGAGCUGAACCUCUCUGCCUUAGUACAACAGCAAACACAGGAUCCGAACUGGGGAGCAUUUGCACAGAGAAUUUUGGAUCAGGGUGGGCCAACCCCUCGGAGUGGAACGAAAUCAGAUCAGGCUCACCCUCCCAUUCACCCCACAAAAUACGCUGCUAACCUGCAGGGCAAUGAGCAGAGACUAUAUGAAUUCAUCGUGCGCCAUUUUUUGGCUUGCUGCUCUCAAGAUGCCAAGGGACAGGAAACAACUGUGGAGAUCGACAUUGCUAAUGAGCGAUUCAUAGCUCAAGGACUAAUGAUCCUGGCCCGAAAUUAUCUGGAAGUCUAUCCUUAUGAGAAGUGGAGCGAUAAGGUUAUCCCACUGUAUCAGAAAGGGUCUCGCUUUCAGCCCACUACAGUGGAGAUGGUGGAUGGGGAAACCAGCCCUCCAUUGCUCCUCACAGAAGCGGAUCUCAUUGCUCUCAUGGAGAAACAUGGCAUUGGGACUGACGCCACUCACGCUGAGCACAUUGAGACAAUUAAGACGCGACUGUAUGUGGGCCUUACAGCAGAUCAGCGGUUCCUCCCGGGCCACCUGGGCAUGGGGCUGGUUGAAGGUUAUGAUUCCAUGGGCUACGAGAUGUCCAAGCCUGACCUUCGAGCUGAGCUGGAGGCUGAUCUGAAACUGAUAUGUGAGGGGAAGAAAGACAAAUCUGCAGUGUUGCAACAGCAGGUCCAAAAGUACAAGCAAGUCUUCAUCGAAGCUGUGGCCAGAGCUAACAAGUUGGACCAGGCCCUGGCUCAGUAUUUUGGAGAAGCCACAGAAAUUGCAGAGCAAGAAGAGGUCUACCCAGCAAUGCCCGUUUCUGUUCGGAAGUGUCCACAGUGCCACAAUGACAUGGUCCUGAAGACCAAGAAGAACGGCGGGUUCUAUCUUAGCUGCACAGGCUAUCCAGCUUGUAAAACUGCAGUCUGGUUUCCUGAUUUCGUGCUGGACGUGGCCAGGGACGAGAGCAUCUGUGAUGUGUGUAAACCACAUCCAGUUCACAGACUGAAGUUUAAAUUCAAGAGAGGCAGUGUUCCACCCGUGAUGCCCCUGGAGUUUGUUGGUUGCAUUGGAGGCUGCGAUGAGAUGCUAAAAGAGCUCUUGGACCUGAAGUAUUUACACAGAUCGUGCCAGUCUGCGUCGUCAGCCAGCCAGCAAGCGAAUCACUUGCAGGUCAACAACUCUUUUAACCGAGCUAGUGGUGAAAACAGGCAUGUGAGGGGGACCACAAACCUGGCACCAGGACAUCUACUCUCUUUGAGCUCAACACGAACACCCAGGCCUGCUCCUUCAGCUGCUCCAGAUGACGGGAACAACGCAGUGGUCUGCAACUGCGGGAACGAAGCCCUGCUGUUAACUGUGCGCAAAGAAGGGCCCAAUCAAGGCAGGCAGUUUUACAAAUGCAGCACCAGUACCUGCAACUUUUUUCUCUGGGCUGAUCAGCAGUCAGAGGACAGAAGCAAUGUGGCUCCACGGGGCUCUGCGCUUCCCCAGCCCUUUGCAGGAAGGGGCCCGGCAGGAUUUCAGCGCCCAGGAGGAGGAGGAGGGAGAGGCCCAGAGCACUUUGGAAGCAACAGCUCCAAUUCAGGAGGCAGCACAGUCUGCAAAUGUGACCAGCCAACUGUCACACGCACCGUCCAAAAGGACGGACCCAACAAAGGGCGGCAGUUCCACACCUGCUCUAAACCCCGAGAGCAGCAGUGCGGCUUCUUCCAGUGGGCAGAUGAAAACAUGGCACCAGGGCCUUCUGGAGAUGCCUCUUCGAACCACUUUGGGAGCAGUGGCUACGAAAGAGGGUUGGGAAGUAAAACCAAGAGACCAAGCAGUCUCUCCUCAGGAAACACUGCCAAGAAACCACGGACCUGUAGUAUUUGCCAUCAGCCUGGCCACACUAGGAAAACCUGCCCUCAGAACCAUUGAGCCUGGAUGGACAUCUCUUGUGAGCUUGAAAGGUCCAGGGUUGCGAGCUGCUACAGGAGCAACUACUGCUGAAAGGAACUGGAGCCUAGAAACAAGUCUGUUGAAUGCUUUCUGGAAGGGCUGGUUGCAGGCUGCUCCUGCCAAGGGAUACCAUCCUCACCACACGCAUUACGUGGCAGCAAGGGUUCAACCAGCUUUGAGAGGUGGCUCCGUUACUGAUGUCAGCCUUUGUUUUCAGCUGUUCUUCUGCUGAGCAUACUGGGAUAGCCUAAACAUUUCAAGGAAGCAUUUGGAAAUGGAAUCUGCAGAGAAAACAGCACUGGAUCUAGUCUGCUUGCAGCUCCCGCCGUGGUGGUAGUUGCACACAGCCUUUCUACACGAGUAAGAGCUGGAUCGUAGCCGCUAGGACAGACACCAGGGAUGCUUGCCUCUUCUCAGUCCCUGGCUGCCCACGCUGUGGAAUUUUAUUUGAAGUUCCCUUCUAAGUUGAUGUUACCCGAGCAACAUUCCCCUUUCUUUUUUGUCACAGCACCAUACCCCUGACCUUGGUGGUCCCUGCCAGGGAAGAAGAGCCAGGUACAGAGAAGCUGGGUCUGGUGCUUGCCCUGAAAGGGAAGCUCAGCUGCAGUGCUCAGGAAAAGCCUUCAUUUUAGACCAUUCCUGAAUUUGAAGCUGAGUUCUUCCUUAAGCCUUGAGACAUGCCUCUGUGAUGCUGCUAGCUAAUGGAAGUUAUUUUUUGUCAAACUAAUAAGUUUCUUAUUAAAAGAUUAUUUAAUUUUUAAAUUUGAUACAGUGACAUCUUAACUCCGCCUUAUUGUUUCUUCCUGCUUAAAAUAGUUAAGCUAUUACUGUAAAAGCACCCACCCAAAUCUUACUCUGCACUCACUCAUCACAACAAUACAGAAGCUUUCUUGGCAGAAACUCCCCAAAGUUGUUUAGAAGUGAGCUGCAGAGGCUUUUUUUUUUUUAUCUCACCAGCUGCAUCGGCUGUAGCAUUGCUGCUGAGGGACAGACAGACAGCUGGCUGAACUGAAGGGAGGUUCUGUUUUCCUGACUGAACUCCCUGGGAAGCCAGGCUACCUCCUCCCUCUCUGCUGGGGCUUCCUCUGUACAUCAAAGCAAGUAGAUCCACAAGAUUCCUGUCUCCUCCUCUGCUGGAAGACAGCAUUCGUUUUUUUCCCCCAGGGCCUCUGACGCUGCUCAGGACCUUACUCCUGGACACAAAGCAGGUCCCCAGGGUCAGUGCUGAAGUGACACGCAGCACAGGGAGCAGCCAGGGUGGGCAGGAGGCUGAAGCACUUUCUAGAGGGCAGCUCAAAGCAGAGGAGACCACAGCAGCACAGGUUCACUUUAAGGUCUGUGCAAGAGAGAAUAAAGCCUUUAUCUCAGCAGCAGUCCAUCGCUACCGGGCCUAAAUCUAUUGGAGUAAGAACUCAGGCUGCGUUUCCCUGUACCCCUCACUCCCACGAUUAACAGCUGUGUCCUAAAAAUACAGACCUGCCAACUAAAAUAACAGGGUUACGAGGCUUUGUAAUGCAAUCACUGAGCUGGCGAAAGCACGGCAGAAGCCUGGGCAGCAGCCUCUGAAUGGCAACAGCAGCAGAAAGCAUCUGUGUAGCACACAGGCACUAGGUUAAACGUUGCUGAUGGCAUCAGCAGUUACCAGCUUGCCCAGUCUAACCCUGGUCAGCGUUCAGGCAGCUGAGCAGUUGGAGCUGCUGGGUUAACAGCACAAGCUCAGCCUCCGGACAGCUCACGUACCGCAGCCAGGCGCUCUGCGGGUGUAGGGGUUUGGAAGAGGAGGAGGAGGAAGGCUGUGCAGGAUGGGGUCUGAC